UCGGGGUCCUCAUCGUCCACGAUCGCCGCCCACAUUCAUUAGCCGUUUGGCCUCCUUGGGAAAAUCCCACGAGUAGGGAGAAAGAGCUAGAGCGAGCGCAGGGCCGCCGCCGGCUGCAGCGAAGGGGAGGCAGCACAGCAGGCGCGCUUCGGCCGGCCACCGAGCCGGCAAUGCCGCCGCCGCCGAGCCGCGCCGCGCUUGCGGUGGUCGUGGCGCUCUUGCUGGCCGUGGCCGCGUCGCGAGCGUCCGGCCAGACGACGGCGGUGGUGGAUCCGGAUAGCUGGGUGGUGCCCGCCGACGACCGUGGCGCGGCGGGCACGGUGGAGGAGUGCGCGGGCGGCGCGGCGAGGAGGGAGCUUGGGAACGGCGGGUACAUCAGCUACGACGCGAUGAGCCGGGGGCGGGUGCCGUGCUCCUACCGCGGCGCGUCCUACUACAACUGCCGGCCGGGCGGGCCGGCCAACCCCUACUCCCGAGGCUGCUCCCAAAUCACCCGCUGCAGAGGCUAGCGGCUUGGGUUUCAUCGUCUCAGGUUCUUGCAGCAGCAGCUAGCUUGUAAGGGAAACCUGUUUCUUCUUCGCUUCUCCUUUCUUGUUCUAUAGCAUCUGGGUUUUGGGAGGUGGAUCAAGCUUCUUCUUGCUCCCAUAUAUUCUUGUAAUUGGCAUUGGUAGGCGACAUGUGAGAGCUCCUCUUCGUUCUCAUUACAUUCUUCGUCCAUACAAAUUGCUUGUUCAAGCUCCCAUA